AUGCCGGAUCUUGAAUUCGUGGGCGCGAUGAACGGCUCCUCACAUUACGACCGUCCUCUUCUCAAGGGUCACAAAUCGCUUCCUCGGCGCCGGCAACCCAUGCCUAGUAUUGAAACGACUGAUAAUAGUUCACCCAUUGAUGUCAAGGAUGAUUUUGUCAACGGUGGUGACAUGCCUAUCACACCAACAUUGCCGCUUACACCUCCGAAUCAAGUUCAAGAUGACGCUCAACAAGACAGCCCGCCGCGCUUGAAUGGCCAACCUUCACUUCCGUUGAGCCUUCGUAACAUGGCAACUCCUACGACAGGCUCUCACCAGUUCAGUCCUCCCACGCCGGAUGUCACUCCACCACGCACGAAAGAUACAACGCCAAAGGCUCGUCCUGUUUUCCCGUCUCUGCAAUCCUCGACAACGUCGCGAGCCGAUUCUUUCCAGACAGCACGGGAAAACUUCUCCGAUGAUGACACUACAGACGGCUUGUAUCCACCAGCUCACUCUUUGAUUGUCCAAAAAAAGCAGAGAUUAUUUCCAGAACCAUCACCUCUCGCCAACGGCUUCGAUAGUGUUUCUAGCUCCACCGAGGGCGAACAAGAUAAGACAAGAGAUGAAACCACGGGAACUGGCCUCGUGGCCAAGAGCUCGGAAGUGACCGAGAAAAAUCAAGAUCUCAAGCGUACGGCGAGGCUGGCCUCGUCACCACUACCCAGAUCCCAGAUCAGGAAGAGAUCGGGUCAAACGCGUCGAAAUACCACGGUCCUAGAAAAGGAGAAACUCGAAGUGGCUCUACCGGAACCCAAAGAGGGGCCUCCUUCAAUGCGCAACAAUGAGCAGUCGCCCGGACCUUCAAACCCUGAAAAAAUUGAUGGAGACUACGCAUCUGAAUUGACAGACACUGAACAAAAACUCAUGGAUCGGGUAAACACGUGGAGACAUUCUGGUGCAUCGUUCACUUCGACUAUUGAGGCCAUGGUAAUUGAAACGUCACCUCCAAAGCAGCGCACGCUGAGACACACUGAGAAAAGAACGUCGUUACGGUCAGUCAGCUCGCCACAGCCGCGAUCGACACGGACAUCUACGGAGUCUAAUGGAGAUUCGGCCCAUCGCUUGGUGCAUAAAGCCGGUCGCAUAUCGAAUGAUAACCGCAACAGUGUCGCAUCCGACAUGUCAGUUCCAGUCAGCAUUACGUCUAUCAAUAAAGACGUGCACGAAGUUAUUCCCGUCGUUGUUGUUCCCCAAAGGCGUUCUUCACUCAAAUCCUCCACAUCCAGCACUAGAAAUCAAUCAGUCGUACCGUCCUCCACUUCUAGUCGUCGCAAGGCUAGCGUUUCUCGCAGCAGAGCUAGUGAUCAACAUCCACCUCAAAGAAGCCGCACUAUGUCUGAUGCUACCAGUUCAGCAGCAGGGCAGAGCGGACGGGAGAACCGUGGCCGUGGUGUCGGCCGCCCUCCUAUACCAGCGCGCAGCUCGUCCCUUUCAGCUCCGACAAGUCGCAACAACUCGCACACGACCUCUCUUACUUCUGAUAGCUUGCGCCGACACACUGAACAGAUGCAACUGGCUUUUGAAGUGCCACCACACAACACAUCUGAUGUUCUCCCGUCUCCAAGACUAGUGCUCCACGAAGGUUCCGAUCCUGCGAACGGGGAUACCCCUGUGUCUGCAUUUCCACAGAGCAAUAUUGAGGAUAUACAGCGACUUCAUGCACCGUCACUACAUUUCACUCAGUCAUCCGUUGUGUCAUAUUCUCCAGGACCCAUUGAAAUUAACGAAGCCACGAUGGUUACUUAUUUUCCGCAUAACAAUGAUUCGCUCUUGGUGAUUAAUCCUUAUAUGCAACCUGAAUCGAAGGCUGUCAAAGCUUUGCGUGGCCAAGACCUGAGCGAACAUGUUGUUCUACGCACCCCGACACACUCUACAGCGGCGUUAGACGUUGAAUCGCCUCUUCGCAACCCUCGUACGCCUCCAAAGCCACCGACACAGAAAGCUAUGACUAACCUUGGCGAUGACAACGACCAUGGCGAGAGCAAUGGGAUUGCAAGCACUGAACCCACUCAGUUAGGAGCAGAGCCACAACCGGAACCCCAAACGCAAAUGAAGAAAAGCGGGGUGAACGUACAUGGUGCAUGUCCGUCUGGACAACCUCUCGAGCAUACUACUGAAAAUGUCCACGGCCAUGAGAAUCAGGAUCAAAACGAAAACGAGACGAACGAAGAAGACAUAACACCCAGCCUGACCCGCAUCUCAACCGACCCCUACGGCAACACCUACCCCGAAGGCGGCCUAGAAGCCUGGCUCGUCGUGCUAGGUAGUUUCUCGGGGCUCUUCGGCGCUAUGGGCCUAAUCAACACCAUCGGCACAUUCCAAACAUACAUCUCCACUCACCAACUUCGGGAUUAUUCAUCUGGAAGCAUUGGAUGGAUAUUCGGUAUCUAUGCCUGCCUCACUUUCUUCUGCGGGUUGCAGAUUGGGCCUGUCUUUGAUGCAAAGGGCCCCCGGUUGUUGGUGCUGGCGGGGKCGGUGGUGAUUAUGGUGUCGAUGAUCGCUUUGGGGUUUUGUACGCGGUAUUGGCAUUUUAUGCUUGUGUUGGGGGUGUUGAUGGGAAUUGGGACGUCGUUGAUCUUUACGCCCGCGAUUGCGGCAGUAGGGCAUUAUUUUCAUGAGAGGAGGGGUGAGGCGACUGGUAUUGCUGCCAUGGGUGGUUCGGUGGGCGGUGUUGUUUUCCCGCUUGUCCUUGAAGCGUUGUUUCCGAGGAUAGGGUGGGCGUGGGCUACGAGGGUGAUUGCGUUUUUCUGUUUGAUAUCGCUGGGUAUGGCGUGUAUGCUGAUUAGGUCACGGUUACCGCCCAAACCGGCCUCGAAGGAGAAUAUCUUGCCUGACUUUAGGAUUUUCCGUGAUCCCAUAUUCACGCUUACGACGGCGGGUGUGUUCUUGAUUGAAUGGGGCUUGUUCGUGCCGGUGACAUAUAUAUCCUCCUACGCACUGGCAGAAGGCUUUUCGUCAACCUUCUCAUACCAAAUCCUGGCAAUCCUAAACGCUGGCUCUGCAUUCGGAAGAUGGCUACCAGGCUACAUAGCAGAUUACCUCGGUCGCUUCAACACCAUGAUCCUGGCCUCGCUAGGCUGUUUGGUAACCACCGCCUGUCUCUGGUUACCUGCCGGUGGCAGUCUGGCGCUGCUGGUUGUCUAUUCGGUCCUCUUUGGCUUCUUCAGUGGAAGUAAUAUCAGCUUGACGCCGGUUUGCGUGGGUCAGUUGUGUAAGACGGAGCAUUAUGGGAGGUAUUAUGCUACUGCUUAUACUAUUGUUAGCAUGGGGAAGUACAUCUCCAUCUGCACCUCCAGGUCCCCCACUGCCGCCAGUGACGCCCCCUCGUCCGUCAUCGGUUCCACCACCUGCUGCUUCUUCAAGCCGUCGCUUCGGCCUUCCUUCAGUAGUACCGUCUGCACCGGUACCCGUCCUGCCAAGUUCACCUGCAAGGACCCCGACUGCGAGCGUGGUCGUCCCUAG